AUGAAAAAUAAAUUAUGGUCGUCCUUUGUUUUUAAAAAAGGUGUUGUAAUAUUAUGUUGGCCCUUAUCAUUUAAUAUAUCUCGUCAAUCAUUUUUUUUUUGUUCAUAUAAAAAUAAUGUUACCAUUCCUCAUUUCUUCAAAAAAUAUUCAGGAAAAAUAGUUGAUAUAAAUGAAAAGAAAACAAUUUUUUAUGACGAGAGAAAAAUAUUAGAAAGAGGGAAGGAUGUGAAAUAUACAUUAACAAGUAAUGUUUAUAAUAUUGAUGAAAAAAGUUUUUACAAAAAAUUGAUAAGAACAUAUGUUGACAUUCUUUUAAAUUCUUAUAAGUAUCCUUUACAUGUACAAUGCUUACAUAUACUGAGUAUGAAUUUGCUCAAGGAAAAAAUAAGAAACGUUACUCAGAGCAAAGAACACAAAAGAAAAAAUUUUGAUGAGAUUUAUAAUGAAUAUGAUGAAGAGGACUUAAAUAAAUUUUUGGUAUUUAUUAAUAACCUUUUAUCAACAAAUAAUUAUCAUGAUAUGAUUAUUAAUAAUAAUAUUGAGAAUAUAAUAAAAAAAAUAAAUAAUUUUUUAAAUUAUAAAAAUGUAUUAUAUGCUUUAUUUACCUUAGAACAUAAUAAAAUAAUAUUUCAAUAUGCAGAAAAUGUAUUAAUAAAUGAACUGCAAAACUGUUUUAUUAAUUCUUAUUUAAAUAAAAAUAAAGACAUUUAUAGAUUUAUAAAUAAAUAUGGACAUGAUAAUAUAUAUAUAUAUAUAAUAGAAUAUGCUGAAAAUUUAAAUAUUCUAAAAAAAAGAUUUGCUCUUGUCAAAAAUUUAUAUUUCAACAAGGAAAUGUAA